CAGGUGGCGCUCAGCCCGGAGAAUUGGAGAAGGGGACUGUGGAGUUGCUUAACAUUUCCAGGAACUUCCUCCUCCCCCACCGGCCUUCACCUUUUGUUCCCUAUCCUGGGCCAGUUCUCUCGCAGGUCCCAGAUGUCCAGUUCCAGAUGCCUGGACCCAGAGUGUGGGGGAAAUAUCUCUGGAGAAGCCCUCACUCCAAAGGCUGUCCAGGCGCAAUGUGGUGGCUGCUCCUCUGGGGAGUCCUCCAGGCUUGCCCAACCCGGGGCUCCGUCCUCUUGGCCCAAGAGCUACCCCAGCAGCUGACAUCCCCCGGGUACCCAGAGCCGUAUGGCAAAGGCCAAGAGAGCAGCACGGACAUCAAGGCUCCAGAGGGCUUUGCUGUGAGGCUCGUCUUUCAGGACUUCGACCUGGAGCCGUCCCAGGACUGUGCAGGGGACUCUGUCACAAUCUCAGCCGGCGGGUCGGAUCCAAGCCAGUUCUGUGGUCAGCAAGGCUCCCCUCUGGGCAGGCCCCCUGGUCAGAGGGAGUUUGUAUCCUCAGGGAGGAGUUUGCGGCUGAUCUUCCGCACACAGCCUUCCUCGGAGAACAAGACUGCCCACCUCCACAAGGGCUUCCUGGCCCUCUACCAAACCGUGGCUGUGAACUAUAGUCAGCCCAUCAGCGAGGCCAGCAGGGGCUCUGAGGCCAUCAACGCACCUGGAGACAACCCCGCCAAGGUCCAGAACCACUGCCAGGAGCCCUAUUAUCAGGCCGCGGCAGCAGCUUCAACUCUGAGCCUAUUUCUUUGCCUCUCCUCAUUUAUGCCACAGGGGCACUCACCUGCGCAACCCCAGGGACCUGGAAAGACAGACAGGAUGGGGAGGAGGUUCUUCAGUGUAUGCCUGUCUGCGGACGGCCAGUCACCCCCAUUGCCCAGAAUCAGACGACCCUCGGUUCUUCCAGAGCUAAGCUGGGCAACUUCCCCUGGCAAGCCUUCACCAGUAUCCACGGCCGUGGGGGCGGGGCCCUGCUGGGGGACAGAUGGAUCCUCACUGCUGCCCACACCAUCUACCCCAAGGACAGUGUUUCUCUCAGGAAGAACCAGAGUGUGAAUGUGUUCUUGGGCCACACAGCCAUAGAUGAGAUGCUGAAACUGGGGAACCACCCUGUCCACCGUGUCAUUGUGCACCCCGACUACCGUCAGAAUGAGUCCCAUGACUUUAGCGGGGACAUCGCCCUCCUGGAGCUGCAGCACAGCAUCCCCCUGGGCCCCAACGUCCUCCCGGUCUGUCUGCCCGAUAAUGAGACCCUCUACCGCAGCGGCUUGUUGGGCUACGUCAGUGGGUUUGGCAUGGAGAUGGGCUGGCUAACUACUGAGCUGAAGUACUCGAGGCUGCCUGUAGCUCCCAGGGAGGCCUGCAACGCCUGGCUCCAAAAGAGACAGAGACCCGAGGUGUUUUCUGACCAUAUGUUCUGUGUUGGGGAUGAGACGCAAAGGCACAGUGUCUGCCAGGGGGACAGUGGCAGCGUCUAUGUGGUAUGGGACAAUCAUGCCCAUCACUGGGUGGCCACGGGCAUUGUGUCCUGGGGCAUAGGGUGUGGCGAAGGGUAUGACUUCUACACCAAGGUGCUCAGCUAUGUGGACUGGAUCAAGGGAGUGAUGAAUGGCAAGAAUUGACCCUGGGGGCUUGAACAGGGACUGACCAGCACAGUGGAGGCCCCAGGCAACAGAGGGCCUGGAGUGAGGACUGAACGCUGGGGUAGGGGUUGGGGGUCGGGGGUUGGGGGAGGCAGGGAAAUCCUAUUCACAUCACUGUUGCACCAAGCCACUGCAAGAGAAACCCCCACCCGGCAAGCCUGCCCCAUCCCAGACAGGAAGCAGAGUCCCACAGACCGCUCCUCCUCACCCUCUACCUCCCUGUGCUCAUGCACUAGGCCCCGGGAAGCCUGUACAUCUCAGCAACUUUCGCCUUGAAUGUCCUUAGAACCGCCUUCCCCUACUUCAUCUGUUGACACAGCUUUUAUACUCACCCGUGGAAGAGUCACCUUCUCACCCGCUAUUAGAGUAUGGAGGAAGGGGUUUUCAUUGCAUUGCAUUUCUGAAACAUUCCUAAGACCCUUUAGUUGACCUUCAAAUAUUCAAGCUAUUCUGCAGCUCCAAGAUGCAAUUAUAGAAACAGCUCCUUUUUUAUUUUAUGUCCUCUAUAUGCCAGGUGCUUCACCUGUUAUUUCACUUAAUCCUCAUACCAUAUUUGCAAAGGAUGUGUUAUUAUCUAUGUGUGACAAAUGAGGAAACUGAGGCUCAGGGGAUAAAGGGACUUGCCCAAGUCCCACAGCUGGUGUGUGACUGCAGAGACUGUGCUCUUCCCAGUGUGCUGCAAUACUUCUCAACCCUCCUCUAACCUGCUGUGUCACCCGCUUUCCCUCCCAGCCCCCACAUCCUUACCAUUUUCCCUCCCUGGGAAUUCCUGCUUCUGCAAAAAUGGUAUCCUCUGGCUCACACUUUCCUAAUGGCCCCAUCUCCUGCAGAAGCCAGGUGAGCCCAGCACUGGACUGAAGUUCUUGCAGACACCCCACCUGUGCCUCUAUCAUCAGAGGAACUGCUCCACCUGAGAGGACCAACUCUUUAAUUUUUAGUAAAACCUGGAGGUGAUGGGCCGGGCGCAGUGGCUCACGCCUGUAAUCCCAACACUUUAGGAGUCCGAGGUGGGUGGAUCACGAGGUCAGGAGAUCCAGCCCAUCCUGGCCAACAUGGUGAAACCCCAUCUCUACUAAAAAUACAAAAAUUAGCCGGGCGUGGUGACACGUGCCUGUAGUCCCAGCUACUCGGGAGGCUGAGGCAGGAGAAUCACUUGAACCUGGGAGGCGGAGGUUGCAGUGAGCUGAGAUCACGCCACUGCACUCCAGCCUGCGGACAGACCGAGACUUCAUCCCCCCCCCAAAAAAAAGAUUGGAGGUGAUUUACAGUGAAAGACACAAAUAAAAUACAACUGUUCAAUGGAAAUAGAAAAUAAACACCAUAAAAGAGA